AUAGAAAAAAAUCGACCCGAAUUCACCGAUCAACACUAGCCCGCCUUUGAUAAAACAAUCAUGUUCGGAGUUCUGUAGAUCCGAUUAGCCCGCCGCGUGCCGCCCGCCGCGCUAUGACCGACCCGCAAGCGUUCCGCGCGUCGAAAAGCGCGACUACUCGGUGAGUUUGUCCGGAAAACAGCGACGACUGCCGCGUCUUUUUAUCUCCUGCUCCGCGGCUAACUAGCUAGAUAUGGUUAGCUAGCCGCGCAGCUAGCAGGCUAGCCACGGAGUUGACAAAGUAAACAGUCGAUCUGGGCCCGAAUCUCCCCGGAGCACCUUCCGCAAAGUUGCAUUUCGCCGCCUGCCCCCUCUGGACCGGAGCGUGGGGAUGCUUUGCGGGCUUUUCCGGCAGCCAGGAGUCGAAGAUUACAGAGUUUCGCCGAGUUCCCCCCUCGCUCCCUGCUAGCGCCCGAGCAGCCGCGGAAACAAGGAGAAAUGGCGUCCGCGGACGUGGACAGCAGUCAAAGCGAGUUCCUGCAACCCGGCGGCGCUGCGGAAACACAGACGACAGAUAUGUCAGCCAUUCAACUGACGGGCGACCGAUGGGAGGUGUUGACUCCUGUCUCCUCCGGGAAGGAGGACCAGGGAGUUCUUCACAUUCAAAACUCGGGCAUCGUCACGUCCAACGGGCAGUACGUGCUCGGGGGUCUUUCCAACCAGCCCAUCUAUGUCACAGCAUCCGGGAAUGACGUUUCAGCCAAUGGAGUGUCAGGCAUUCAGUAUCAGGUCAUCCCCCAGAUCCAAAAUGCCGAUGGGACCCUCUCAGGGUUCUCGUCACACGGGAUGGACGAUGGCACGGGGCAGAUCCACCUCCUCCAGGACGGCACUCAGGUCAGCAUCGGGACCACAUCGACCACAGACCUCCUCACUCAGGCGGGGCAGGUGCAGUCGAUCCAAGGCGUCUCGCUGGCUGGAGGGACCUCGUACACCAGCUCGGUAGGCCUCCCCGGCAACAUCACGUUCGUCCCCAUAAACAGUGUGGACCUGGAGUCACUAGGGCUCACGGGGGCGCAUACGGUCCCCAUCGCAACCGCGGUGACCCCCGAGGGCCAGUUGAUCAUGAGCAGCCAGGCGCUGGAGAGUCAGACCCAGGAUACCAAACACUCGCUGGUGACGGUGAGCCACGCCAACCACGAGCUCUACGUGCCAACCACCACCACCACCUCUUCCAACUCCUCCCAUCUCAUCGAGACCAUCGACGGCACCGGGGUCCUGACUCAAGCAACCGCCGUGUCCGCAGGGGUGUCCGACCCUUCCUCCUCGGAGAACUUCAACUCCCACAACCACCUGCAGCACAUCCAGGUGUCGUCGUCUAACGCCACCACGAUGUCCCAACCCAUCCUGCAUCUGUCUGGGGACGGUCAGGGCCAGGUAGCCCAGGUGGCUCAGGGCCAGGACCUGUCGGGACAGACUCUGCAGAGCGUGCAGCUGGUCAACCCCGGGACCUUCCUCAUCCAGGCCCAGACAGUCUCUGCUACUGGACAGAUUCAGUGGCAGACGUUCCAGGUUCAGGGUGUUCAAUCACUCCAGGGGCUCCAGUUGCCGCAGGGCCAGGGUCAGGCCCAGCAGUUGACCCUAGCCCCGGUUCAGACCCUCCCUCUGGGCCAAGCAGGACAAAUGAACCUACCCAACCUCCAGACCGUCACAGUCAACUCCAUCACACAAGGCGGAAUUCAGUACACGCAUGGAGAUGAUGCCAACAGUCCAAUAGGUAUACAGAUAAAAGAGGAGCCCGACUCUGAGGAGUGGCAGCUGAGCGGAGACUCCACUCUGAACCCCAGUGACCUGAACAACCUGCGCGUGCAGAUCGGAGACGAGGACAUGGAUGCGCAGAGCGGGGAGGGCAAGAGGCUGCGCAGGGUCGCCUGCACCUGCCCCAACUGCAAAGAGUCUGGAGGACGAGGUUCAGGCAUGGGGAAGAAGAAGCAGCACAUCUGCCACAUCGUCGGCUGCGGGAAGGUUUACGGGAAGACGUCCCAUCUCCGAGCUCACCUGCGCUGGCACAGCGGGGAGAGGCCGUUCGUCUGCAACUGGAUGUUCUGUGGGAAGAGGUUCACCAGGAGCGACGAGCUGCAGAGACACAGGAGGACACACACCGGAGAGAAGAAGUUUGUGUGCACAGAGUGCUCCAAGAGGUUCAUGAGGAGCGACCACCUGGCCAAGCACAUAAAGACUCACCAGAAUAAAAAGGGCGGGGUUCCGUCCGCCACGUCCCCGUCCACCACCGACACCGUCAUCACAGCGGACGGCACCACGCUCAUCCUCCAGACCGCCACCGCCCACGACCUCAUAGCCAAUCAGGAGAUCCCCUUGCAGCUGGUCACCGUGGCGCCUGGCGAGGUCAUGGAAUGAGGGGGUUGAACGGGGGGGGGGG